CAUUGCGUCAUGAGUCGAUCUACAGAACACGAAUAACCUCAAAAUAACCUCUUCCUUAUCUGUUUACAUUGUGGUUGCACGCGGGAGUGAAUAAACUUCUCAACAAGAGGAAUUCGCCACGAUGACUCUCGAGGAUUCAUGGGAGGCCGUGAAACAAGCGGCCGAGAAAAACAGGCACGAAUUGGUGCUGUCGGGCACGUCGGUGUCCAAGCUGAUCGAAACGUCCGGCCUGGACAAGAACUUGUUUACCCUUCACAAUUUGAAUUAUCUCAGCAUAACGCACACGUGUCUUCAGGAGAUGCCGGACGAGAUCGAGAAGUUGGUGAAUCUUGCGACUCUGGUGCUCCACUCGAACGAGAUCGCCGCGUUACCGUGCGCGAUAGCUAAAUUGGCCAAGCUGAAGGUGCUCGACUGCUCGAUGAACAAGUUGACGUCUCUCCCGAGGGAACUCGGUGAUCAUCCUAAUCUGAGCACGAUAAAUCUUGCCUCGAAUCUUCUACGAGACGUCCCGUCGCUAGCUUUGUGCACAAAAUUGAGUAUCCUAGACCUAUCGAAUAAUCGGCUUGAGGCCUUUCCCGACGUUUGUCACACAGAGCUCGUACAUUUGUCCGAGAUUCAUGUUAACGGGAAUCAAAUAACGGAAAUUCCAAUCACUAUAAGUCGACUGCAGGGAUUGAAGGCUUUGAAUAUAGCAGAUAACUUGAUUUCUGUUGUACCAAGCGAAUUAACGGAUUGUAGUAAACUGAAGGAGGUGUAUCUGAAAGGGAAUAAAUUGUCGGAUAGGAGGCUGACAAAAUUGAUCAAUCAAUGUUCUACAAAGCAAAUACUAGACUACGUCAAGUUGCACUGCCCGAAAAGUGAAUUGUCCACAACGGAAAAUACGUCGAAGAAAGGAAAGAGGAAUCAGAAGGUCUCUGAAAGCGAAAGUGUAGUCGAUGGCUUGGCACAUAAAUUGAAAGUCUUGAAAGUACUGGACGACACGCCAGUGAUAAAAAUGACAGAACAUGUGAAAAGUAUCAGGCCUUACAUAGCCGCGUGCAUCGUGAAAAAUAUAAGCUUCACAGAGGAGAGUUUCAAAAAGUUCAUUCAGCUGCAAACAAGAUUACACGAUGGGAUAUGCGAGAAAAGGAAUGCAGCUACAAUAGCGACUCACGAUUUGAAACUCAUUGUACCUGGAGAACUCACGUAUACGGCAAUGGUGCCCACAGAAUUGAAAAUAAAGCCUCUAAUGUACAGCAAGAUAUACACUGGCGCAGAUCUGUUCCAGAAGUUGCAGAUAGAAGCUGAGACUCUACGUAAAGAAAAGAAACGAAAUGUGUAUUCUGGAAUACACAAGUAUUUAUAUCUGCUGGAAGGCAAAUCUUUAUUCCCGUGUCUGUUGGACCAAUCGCAGCACGUUAUUUCGUUUCCACCCAUCACAAACAGUGACGCAACAAAAAUGUCUAUAGCUACCCAAGAGAUGCUUGUAGAAGUAACUAGUGCUUUGUCGUACACAAUUUGCAGGAAUGUGUUGGAUCAAUUUCUGAAGGAAUUGACAGUUUCGGGUCUCAUCGAUUCCACAGAACCGAAGGACACGGAUAACAAGUGUAACAACUUGACGGUCCAACAAGUCAAAGUAGUCGACACUCAAGGAAAUCUCAAGUUGGUAUAUCCUUCAAGGGCAGAUUUAAAUCUUAACGAACAGUUUAUCGCCGUGCUAAGAGAAUGAGGAGAACUGGAGAGUAGCUGAAAUUUUUCUCUACCUGGAGAUCUAUUAAAAAAUUUAAUAGUGUUCAUUAAAUGAAAAAAAAAAAAAAAAGAGAGGACUAUAGAUUUGUGAAGUAUAAUAAUAGAAACCCUUAUUUUCGAUUCGCUUGUCGUUCGAAGACUCAACGUGAGAAUUCUAUCGGACAGGAGAGUAAUUAUUUUUCGAAAUGUAUUUGUCGCAAGAGGAACGUCGAGAUCGCGUGACGGAGUCAUCGCUGAUCGCGUUCGGCUCGCGCUUUAUCACGUCGAUUAGAGGGGUGACAGGAUG